GGGUGUCCGGGGUGUGCUCCAUUACUAGAAAAGUCGGAGAGCAUAACGCCACCGCGUCACUUUGAGGGCGGACAUCGGCCUGUCCUCAUCAUCUUCCUCCUCUUCUUCUUCUUCCUCCUCCUCCUCCUCCUCUUCCUCCCGUCCCUUGCAUGCGCGCGCUCUCUCGCAUUCGGGUCUCCAUCAGUCUUCAUGGUUCUGAUCUCACCCCGCGCCAUGCAAGCCACCCGGGCGUCCACCACCGUCAGUGUGUUUGCGGACUGCAGCGUCCCGGCCGGGCUCCGGAUAGGGCCGGUACCGGGCGUCUUCAAGCUGGGGAAGUACCUGUCGGACCGCAAGGACGUCGGACCGAAAAAAAGAAUGCGUUUGCUGCGCGGAGAGUUCGUGGACGAGUCGGGCUGUCCUGUGCCCGAUUGGAUCGGAUUCAUCCGCGCCGCCAGGAACAGCCAGGAGCAAAACCUGGAGGCGGUGUCGGACUUACCUGGCGGACAGAUUUUCUACCGAGUCCUGAGAGAAAUCCCAGCGGGAGAGGAGCUGAGUGUGUGGUACUCCAACCCUCUCGCCCAGUGGUACGACAUCCCCACCACGGCCACUCCCACGCACGACGAAAAAGGUGAAGAGCGUUACAUCUGCUGGUACUGCUGGAGAAUAUUCAAAUACCCCAACACCCUCAAGGCCCACGUCCACUUCCACUGCGCUCUGAGCAACGGGCGGGGGUUCGUGAGCGGCGAGCAGGCCAGAGGUACCGAGUCCUUCAGCAGGUCGCCCAAGUCCGGAGACAUCCCCAACACCACCGGCCACAGCAACUCCUCGGACUCUAACCGGCGGGCGGUGUCCGCCUCGCCCUUCCCGAACAACAAAGGCGGACUGUCGAAGAAAAGCAGCGCCGAGGAGCAGGACCGGGCCCUCGACAUGAGCGUCGCGUCGGCCAGGAGCCAGGGACACCUGCUCGGACUGGGAGCCGCGUCUUCAGUGCUGGGUAGCAUGGGUUUCCAUCCGGGCGUGCGCUCCGCUUUCAAGCCGACGGGCGUCUCUAAAGUCCCGGGCGCAGAGGCGUCCAGAGAGGAGGCCGGCGGCAAGCUGAGCGGCCUCGGAUUCAGUAAACUCAUCGGGAACAUGAAGCCAAUCCGCAACCUGGGCGAGGCCCUUAACGGGGCUGGGAGCCACCCUCCAAAGUGCGCGCCCACCAUCGUGGACUCCACGUCUCCGAUGGUACCGUGCGGGAAUCCCAUCCGGGGGUUCCCACUGCUGCCGCACGUGGAGGAAACGUCGGCUUUCAAGCACGUCGAGAGUCGAAUACACACCGGGUUGUCCCCCUCCCGGUACCCGCAGAUGCCCCCCGGCCUGCACUUUGAAAGGUUCUCACUUCCGCACUUCGACGGCGUGAAGACGUACGGCGGAGACUGCAACAUCCCGCUGAUGCCCUUCACCGUCUACAACGGGGAGCUCCUGUACAGCUCCCCCUAUUACCCGCUCAAAUUCCACUUCAGCAACCUCCUCAAGUACCCAGACUCCGUGCCCUACUUUGGCGCCCCCCAGCUGAGCCAGGACCUGGGCUCCAUCACGAACAUCGACCGGGAGAUCGCCAUGCACACGCAGCAGCUGUCGGAGAUCAGCUCGGACAAGAGUCGGGCUCGGCUGGACUCGGUGCCCGCCGGGAGCACCGGCUCCACCGGCUCGGGCAAACCCAAGAAGGGCCACUUGUGUCUCUACUGCGGGAAGCUGUACUCCCGGAAGUACGGCCUGAAGAUCCACAUGAGGACUCACACGGGGUACAAGCCUCUCAAAUGCAAAGUGUGCUUCAGGCCCUUUGGAGACCCGAGCAACCUGAACAAGCACAUCCGGCUGCACGCGGAGGGCAACACGCCCUACAGGUGCGACUUUUGCGGGAAGGUGCUCGUGCGGAGGCGGGACCUGGAGCGGCACGUGAAGUCCAGGCACCCCGGACAGACUCUGAAGAAGCUGGACGACAAACCGGGCGGCCCGUUCGACGACGCCGACCACAAGAGCGACAACGACAGCGACGUGGACGUGUGCUUCACCGACGACCAGAGCGACCAGGAAUCGAGCAAAAACAAUGACUUAGUUUUGUCAGAGACAAUUUAAUGGGACCUCCCCCCCCCACCCUUUGGUGUUGCAUGAAAUAAUAUCUGCAAAAGAAAUGUCACUUCUUGAUCGUUAUUUUCCCGUUACAUAUGGGAAAAAAACUAAAAUAAAAGAUCCAAGUUUUUUCUUAAUUUAAAAAAAAUGUAUUUAUCACUCUCGGUUGUUUCUGGAAUCCAUGUAGGCUUCUCACAAUAAAACAAGUAUCAAAUAUUAAUAAUAAAAAAAGCAGCAGCUU